UGAAAAGAUAAAAUGUCCUUUAAAGACCUGCGGAACCUGACUGAGAUGAUGAGGGCCCUGGGAUACCCUCGCCUCAUCUCCCUGGAGAACUUCAGGCAACCAAACUUCCCCCUGGUGGCGGAGAUGCUCCUCUGGUUGGUGAAGAGGUUCGAACCCUCCGCUGAUCUACCCACGGAACUAGACUCGGAGCAGGAUCGUGUAAUCCUGAUUAGAACAGUUGUCCAGUUUAUGGCCAGCAAGGCACAUAUUAAACUCAACCCGAAGAAACUCUAUCAAUCAGACGGAUAUGCAGUCAAGGAACUUAUAAAAGUGGCAGCAGUGUUAUAUUCUGCAAUGAAGACGAAUACUCUCUCCGAGGGAGAAGAUGAGCAGGGUGGAUCCGUCCUUCCAACAUUUGAUAUUGGAUCAAAACUCUCAGAACUCAAACAAACAAGAAAACUGGGAACUAAGAUCACUAUGAAGGGAGCUACCCUUUACGACCUGCUGGGAAGGGAAGUUGAUCUACGAGAGAAGAGACAAGCUGUUCUCUCAAAAAAUCUUGAAAUACAGGAUGUCGAGGCUGGCCUCAAGCUCUCUGUCAAGGGUGUUGAGGAGGAUAUUAAGAAGCUUCAGCAUAAUAUUGAGAAUGUGGCCUCUAACGAGGCAAAUCUUGAGGCUAAAAUUGAGAAGAAGAAAGUGGAACUGGACAGAAAUCAGAAACGACUCCUUACUUUAAAAAAGGUUCGGCCUGCAUUUAUGGAUGAAUAUGAGAAGCUUGAAGUUGAUUUAAGAAAGUGUUAUGAGGAGUAUAUGAUGAGGUUCAGAUGUCUAGCUUUCUUGGAGCAACAGAUCGAAGAGUUUGAACGAGCAGAACAGGAGAGGAUGGAAGAACGACAGUCUGCCACAAGGAAGAUCAUGGAGAAAAUGAAACAGGAUGAAACCCUCAGAUCAAUGGAAGAGCCGGAGCGACUUCAGAGUGAACUUGAUGAUCUGGAUGAUACGGAUGAUGACGAUGAUGAUGAUGAAGAUGAGGAAGAAAAAGGAGCUCCUCAGCCUGUAGCUCCGGCUACUGCUAAUGCAAAGCGUCCUGGAAAAUCCGCCAAGAAUCGUCCGUCGGGUCCAGCUGCUAAUAGACGAAUUUAUGGCAGUAUGACUGGUGGAGUGGAUGAUGAUAGCCUGGACUCUGACAGUGAUAUGCUGCUGGAUGAUGAUUCAGCUGAGAGUGAGGAACUUGAGGUAAACGAAAUGGCGGCUGAGAGUUUAAGAAACCGGAAAUCCGCAAAAGUCAAGAUGUCUGCCACAACAGUGCAGGAGAAUAAUAGCGAUGAUGAUUUUUAAAAAUCUAAGUGUCGAUAAGUGUUCACUGUUUAUUUCCAAUGAAAUAUAUUUUAUUCACAUAA